AUGGAGGAAUUCGCGGAAGAGGACUGGAUGUUGGCGUUGCUGAGAUGCGAACUUCAUACACGUAUUUACUUUGAAUUCUGAUAGUUUUUUGAUGAUGUUGGUUUAACGACCGGGAGGACUUUCAGAUGAAUAGAAUGAAAGAGCUUACUUCAUCUUCAUCGCUAAUAUCAAGAACAUUUCGAUUUCUUCAAAAGAAGAUAUGAAACAGCUCAAGGGCAAUGUUACUAGAUCUCUCUCAACGAGGACCUUCCUCUUACACCAUUUCAUCUUCCCAUCUCCCACCCUACAACAGUGGUCCACGCUUUCCGUAAAGAUGUGAAUGACCCGGAACGAACUAGUUUCCCGGCAAUCCACUUCGGCCACUACUACCAAUUGUACACUGGGAAAAACUUCGGAGGCACUCUGCAGAAUUUUAAUUGCAAGACUUUGGAGGAACUGACACGAUUGGUUCCGGACAUGUGCCAGCACACGGUGGAAAUGGACGACUUCGCUCUUCGACGCGAAAAGACCGCACUUUUGCUUAUGGAAAUAUACUCGAUGUUUUACUCAAACUCAAACUCAACAUGCCUGUAAGACAAGUGUAUAAGUUGUGUAGGAGCUUGAGUACAGUAUUGUAAGACUGUAUAAGUUGUGUAGGGGCUUGAGUACUACAGCAGCUACAGCUUUCGUCCAAAGAGAAAACUGCAAAUUGCACCCGCAGAAAUAGAAUCCGUACUGUAGAUCAUGUCACAAUUAGAGGCCGUACUGUAGAAGAUGUCACAAUUCGAAAUUAUCUUGUCUGUAGUCCAAACUAUAGUCCAAAACUUGAGCUCCUCUAAGCGGCAAGACUACGACUUGGUGCUUCCCGCUCACGACGACGCGGAUAUGGAGGUUUGUAAGUUCAUCCAGGACACCGAGGAUGCCAGACAGAUGCGAACCGACCGACUCGAUGCUGGUGACGAAAAUGCUGCUUUGACCUUCACCUACAAGGGAGCGAACGUUCGCGGAGGACAGGUCACCCGAACAGGCGUUGCGCAAGGAGGAGCUGUGGGGCAGGAGAGCUUCAAGCGUCCGAUCCCCAAUGCUCAGCAGUACAACGACUUUCAGGCUAAGCGAAGCAGAGGAGGAAACUUCCAGGCACAGAACGCGUCGAGUGGAAGACGAUAAGUCGAAGAUAGUGCUCUACCUUUGGGAAAGUAGACGAUCUUGAUGCUUUUGGGAAUAUAAGUACUAGAAGAAACGAGGCUCAUCUUCUACUGGACUUAGUGGACUGAGAAUUGCAGUUGUAGCACCACGAAGCAUGUAUAAGAAUGUAAUUUCUAAAUCGCGCUGUAACGCAUGUUAUUCGCAGCAAACUUUUAUUGCUACCUACUUAUUCGGAGAACUACAGAAAUUGAAAUCCAACAUAACGUCUAAACAUCUUGUAUCACCCGUGUCAUAUUUUUACUACAUUCUAGACGAGAUUUAACUUGUACCAAUCAAAAAUUCAAAUUCUUGUAAACAUAGCUCGUUCUUGAUAGACAAUGAAUUUUACUGAAAUUACGAAGCAGUAUUGCGUAUUCGAACAGCGGGUUCGGUGCUCUGGAAUACAACGGUUGGACCACGGCACGGGAUAGUUCUCCUUCGAAGAAGAGUAUGGUAUGCUUCUCGUCUGAGCCGUCCCUCCUGUUGUAUGCGGAAUUCCGAAUAAGGUCUGGUCUCUGCUCUACUAAGAUCCAGCUAUUUAAGCAAGUACUAAGAAAGUGUCUAGAACGCUGAUUCAACAUACCUAGAACGUCAACCCCAUUUAGAAAUUUGAUGUUUCAUCGACCUUACUACUUGUACCAUUGAUUUACCUGCUACGCAUUACUAUGAAUUUGAAUUACCUUACCAAGCAUCAUAAAUCUUGUUUGAGAAUACUUACAAAUAUAGCAUCAGUCAUUUUGACGUACUCGGAAAAACCUUGACCUUGAAGUUGAUGUUGUAUUCAUUCAUGUAAAUCUCGAUCCCUACUACAACAGUCGUUCUUGAGUGAAGAAAAUGUUGAUAAUGUUAUGACCUAUGACGACGAUUCGAAAAACUAUAACCACUAGGUGGAUGUGCUCAGUCAUGUUGCAUUACAUCGGUGGAAAUCCAUUGUGAUAGAUAAUUUCGGCUGUUGUUGAGUCGCAUAGUUGAGGCACCGCAAACCCUCUCACUACCAUAGUGCUCCUCACUCGGAUGAAGUAGAGAAAAAGGCUAAGGCUUCGUGC